CAGUAUUCUUGAGUUACACAAACCCACGGGGGCACUGCGAGCUUUGGCCCCGCGCCUCGGCCGCCACGUCGUCCUCCUCUUCGGGUCCAGCCCGCGUCCUCCUGUCGACUCGGCCUCCGGUCGCGCUGGUUUAGCUGCCAGGCCUUUGCCUAGGACCGGCCAGGUGACCGAGAAGAAAGCACGUGUAUGAGCAGCGGUCUGGGCAGGGGGCCCUCCUGUCAGCGCCGCGCGGCGCUCGGGCCCUGACGGAAGUCCCGCUGUCGGGUCUGGUUGCGGGGAGACCCCUCAGUAUCCCUGGGACCCCAACCUUCUGUGAACUGCUGGCCCGGCGCUGGCUGGCGUGGCUCUGGGCCGUCACGUGCGGAGGGCGCGUCUUCCCCGCCGCGUCCCCGGCCCGAGGAGAAGACUCCGCAGUAUGGCCCCCACGCUCCAGGACCUGACGCCAUCUGCAGGGAUGGAGAAGACCCUGCAAGAUGAGAUUGAAGCCAUCCUGCGGGAGAGGAUUAUGGUGCUUGAUGGAGGGAUGGGGACCAUGAUCCAGCGGCACAAGCUGAGUGAAGAAGACUUCCGAGGACAAGAAUUUAAAGAUCAUGCCAGGCCCCUGAAAGGCAACAAUGAUAUUUUAAGUAUAACUCAGCCCAGUGUCAUUUACCAAAUCCAUAAGGAUUACCUCCUAGCUGGGGCAGAUAUCAUUGAAACAAAUACUUUCAGCAGCACUGCUAUUGCCCAAGCUGACUAUGGCCUGGAACACUUGGCCUACCGGAUGAACAUGUGCUCUGCGGGAGUGGCCAGAAAAGCAGCCGAGGAGAUAACUCUCCAGACAGGAAUUAAGAGGUAUGUGGCAGGAGCUCUGGGUCCAACUAACAAGACACUCUCUGUGUCCCCAUCUGUGGAAAAACCAGAUUACAGGAACAUCACAUUUGAUGAACUUGUUGAAGCAUACAAAGAGCAGGCCAAAGGGCUUCUGGAUGGUGGAGUGGAUAUCUUACUCAUUGAAACUAUUUUUGAUACUGCCAAUGCCAAGGCAGCUUUGUUUGCAGUCCAAAAACUUUUUGAAGAGGAGUAUGUUCCCCGGCCUGUCUUUAUUUCAGGGACAAUUGUUGAUAAAAGUGGGCGGACUCUCUCUGGCCAGACUGGGGAGGCAUUUGUCAUCAGCGUGUCUCAUGCAGACCCACUCUGCAUUGGAUUAAAUUGUGCUCUGGGUGCCGCUGAAAUGAGACCUUUUAUUGAAACAAUUGGAAAAUGUACAACAGCUUAUGUUCUCUGUUAUCCCAACGCAGGUCUUCCCAAUACCUUCGGUGACUAUGAUGAAACUCCACACAUGAUGGCCAUGCACUUAAAGGAUUUUGCUGUUGAUGGCUUGGUCAACAUAGUUGGCGGAUGCUGUGGUACGACACCAGAUCAUAUCAGAGAAAUUGCUGAAGCUGUGAAAAACUGUAAGCCUAGAGUUCCACCUGCCACUGUUUUUGAAGGGCAUAUGCUACUGUCUGGUCUAGAGCCCUUCAGGAUCGGACCAUACACCAACUUUGUUAACAUUGGAGAGCGUUGUAACGUUGCAGGAUCCAGGAGGUUUGCUAAACUCAUCAUGGGAGGAAAUUAUGAAGAAGCACUGAGUGUUGCCAAAAUGCAGGUGGAAAUGGGAGCCCAGGUGUUGGAUAUUAACAUGGAUGAUGGCAUGCUGGACGGUCCAAGUGCAAUGACCAGAUUCUGCAACUUCAUUGCUUCCGAGCCUGACAUUGCCAAGGUGCCCUUGUGCAUUGACUCUUCCAAUUUUGCUGUGAUUGAAGCCGGGUUAAAGUGCUGCCAGGGAAAGUGCAUUGUUAAUAGCAUCAGCCUGAAGGAGGGAGAGGAUGACUUCUUGGAGAAGGCCAGAAAGAUUAAGAAGUUUGGAGCUGCCGUGGUGGUUAUGGCUUUUGAUGAAGAAGGACAGGCAACAGAAACAGAUACCAAAAUCAGAGUGUGCACCCGGGCCUACCAUCUCCUUGUGAAAAAACUGGGCUUCAAUCCAAAUGACAUCAUCUUUGACCCUAAUAUCCUCACCAUUGGUACUGGGAUGGAAGAACAUAACUUGUAUGCUGUUAAUUUUAUCAAUGCAACAAAAGUCAUUAAAGAAACGCUACCUGGAGCCAAAGUCAGUGGUGGUCUGUCCAACUUGUCCUUCUCCUUCCGAGGGAUGGAGGCCAUUCGGGAGGCGAUGCACGGGGUCUUCCUGUACCAUGCAAUCAAGUUUGGUAUGGACAUGGGAAUAGUGAAUGCUGGAAGCCUUCCUGUAUAUGAUGACAUCCAGAAGGAGCUUCUCCAGCUCUGUGAGGACCUCAUCUGGAACAGAGACCCUGAGGCCACCGAGAAGCUCUUACGCUACGCCCAGACUCAGGGCAAAGGAGGGAAGAAAGUCAUCCAGAGUGAUGAGUGGAGGAAUGGCCCUAUUGAAGAACGCCUUGAGCACGCUCUUGUGAAGGGCAUUGAAAAAUAUAUUAUUGAAGAUACUGAGGAAGCCAGGUUAAACCAGGAAAAAUAUCCCCGACCUCUGAAUAUAAUUGAAGGGCCGCUGAUGAAUGGCAUGAAAAUUGUUGGUGAUCUUUUUGGAGCUGGAAAAAUGUUUCUACCUCAGGUUAUAAAGUCAGCUCGGGUCAUGAAGAAGGCCGUGGGUCACCUUAUUCCCUUCAUGGAGAAAGAGAGAGAAGAAACCAAAGUGCUUACUGGCAAAAUAGAAGAUGAGGACCCUUACCACGGCACCAUCGUGCUGGCUACUGUUAAAGGUGACGUACACGACAUAGGCAAGAACAUAGUUGGAGUGGUUCUUGGCUGCAAUAAUUUCAGAGUCAUUGAUUUGGGAGUCAUGACUCCAUGUGACAGGAUACUGAAAGCCGCUCUGGACCACAAAGCAGAUAUAAUUGGCCUGUCAGGACUCAUCACUCCGUCCCUGGAUGAAAUGAUCUUUGUCGCUAAGGAAAUGGAGAGACUCGCUAUAAAGAUCCCGUUGCUGAUCGGAGGAGCUACCACUUCCAGAACCCACACAGCAGUUAAAAUAGCCCCAAGAUACAGUGCACCUGUGAUCCACGUCCUGGACGCGUCCAAGAGCGUGGUGGUGUGUUCUCAGCUGUUAGAUGAGAAUCUAAAAGAUGAGUACUUUGAGGAGAUCCUGGAAGAAUAUGAAGAUAUCAGACAGGACCAUUAUGAGUCUCUCAAGGAGAGAAGAUACUUAACCUUAAGGCAAGCUAGAGAAAAUGGUUUCCAUAUUGACUGGCUGGCAGAGCCUCCUCCAGUGAAGCCCACAUUCCUCGGGACUCGGGUCUUUGAAGACUACGACCUGCAGAAGCUGGUGGACUACAUUGACUGGAAGCCUUUCUUCGACGUCUGGCAGCUCCGGGGCAAAUAUCCGAACCGAGGCUUUCCCAAGAUAUUUGACGACAAAACUGUAGGUGAAGAGGCCAAAAGGGUCUAUGAUGAUGCCCAAAAUAUGCUGCAGACACUGAUCAGUCAGAAGAAGCUCCAGGCCAGGGGCGUGGUUGGGUUCUGGCCGGCACAGAGCGUUCACGAUGAUAUCCACCUGUAUGCGGAAGGCAUGGUGCCACAAGCCUCGGAGCCCAUAGCCACCUUCCACGGGCUCAGGCAGCAGGCCGAGAAGGACUCUGCCAGCUCGGACCCCUACCUCUGCCUCUCGGACUUCAUUGCCCCUCUGGACUCGGGCAUCCCCGACUACCUGGGCCUAUUCGCCGUUGCCUGCUUUGGGGUGGAGGAGCUGAGCAAGGCCUAUGAGGAGGAGUGUGAUGACUACAGCAGCAUCAUGGUCAAGGCGCUGGGGGACCGGCUGGCCGAGGCCUUCGCUGAGGAGCUGCACGAGCGGGUCCGCAGGGAGCUGUGGGGUUACUGCAGCGGGGAGCAGCUGGCUGUGGCUGACCUGCGGAGACUGCGCUACGAGGGCAUCCGGCCGGCGCCCGGCUAUCCCAGCCAGCCGGACCACACUGAGAAGCUGACCAUGUGGAGGCUGGCGGACGUGGAGCGGUGCACAGGCAUUAGGUUAACAGAAUCGCUGGCCAUGGCACCUGCUUCAGCAGUAUCUGGCCUUUACUUCUCCAACUUGAAGUCCAAGUAUUUUGCUGUGGGGAAAAUUUCCAAAGAUCAGAUUGAGGAUUAUGCUUCGAGGAAGAACAUGUCUGUGGCCGAGGUUGAGAAAUGGCUUGGACCCAUUGUGGGAUAUGAUACAGACUAACUUUUUUUUUUUUUUAACUUGUCUGUACUUGGUGAUCCUCAGGGAAACAGUCCAAAGAGCCUUAAUCAUAACAGCGCAAUGGCCAGGAGCCCAUCUGCAUUUGGUUGCCCUUUGCACCACUCCAGGGUGCAGACGUCUGGGGGGACCUUAUAGAAGACCAGGGUCUUCCUGCAGUUCUUUUAAAACAAGCAGCUGUUUUCCAGGGAACUUUGAAUAAAGAGCAGCGGGUAAGACUCCAGGGUUGUCCCUGGUCCCUUGGGGGCUAGAACAAGCUGGAGAUGGAGGCCUUUUGCAUUUCAAAGCAAGUCAGACUUUUUUCAUUUUUUCCCCAGACCUAGGAGGUCACUUCUUUUUUCUCUCUCUCUCUCAGAGAAAAGCCUGAAAGUCAGUUGAAUAGAGAAAUAUGACCUUGUGGCACUAGUGAUACCGUGAGCAAUGGGACAUUUUGAUCUGAGUGGUUAGAGCAGUCACUCUGACAGGGAAGAAGCAUCACUCUGCUCUCUCUCCCAAGACCUCCUUUACUGAAGCCUCAAGGAGGUGCUCGAAGGCGUCCCUUUAGCCAAAGGCACCCUCUCCCUGAGGCUUAUUAGAGGUGCUCAGGCCGCUUGCCCUGGCCAGUCAAAUAUAGUCGCAUUCUCCAAGCAUUUUGUUCUCUCGUAAUUUCCUAUUCCCUCGCCCUGAGGGGGAAGAAGGAGGUAGGCAGAGGGGGUGGCCGCUAAGGGUAGUUAACAUCCUUGGGUCGUUUUCCAGAAUUGAGCAGGCUCAGCUGCAUGUCCUAUGCAGAGUGGAUGGAUGGGCAGCGUCACUCUUCCCAGUUCUUCCUUUUCUGCACUGCCCCAACUCCACCCGUGUACGGUAAGGGAACAGCACGUGGACUUGUUCAUGGUUAUUGCAGGGAGAUGGUUAAGAGCGUGGGCUUUGAAGUCAGACACACCCGGAUUCAAGUUUCAGCGUUGCCACAUGCUUGUUGUAUGACGGAGGCAAAUUACUUCAGUUCCCUUAACAGAAUUUUCUCAUCUGUAAACUGGGAAUAGUGAUACUAGCUCCUCUCUUGUGGGCAUGAGAUGUGGAUUAAACGAGAUUACGCAUGUAAGGCAGGUAACAUGGGUCUGGCAUAUAGUGAGAGCUUGAUAGACAGCAGCUUCUGUAGAGGUCUCUCGCGCUCAGCACAGGGUGGGUGCUCAAGGAGAGGGAAUAAGAGGCUAAUGGGGGUGAAGUGCACGUGCGGUGACUGGUUCAGUAUACUAGGUACCCUUUCUGGAAUUAGAGCCCCGCUGAACACAGUGACUGGAGUGAGAAGCUACUUUCUGUGUCACUGGCAUCAUCAGAUCUCAUUUUCUGUAAGACAGUCCCCCCUCCCCUCGUGGUGUAAGCUGGCCUCGUCCCAAAGCAGUUACAUCAAAUAGACACUCAGGUAUAUUGGAGGUGAAAGGGGGAAAAAGCUUAGCAGUUGGUAAUCCUACAUAACUUAGCAUAUACAUGUGUUCCUGAAGAGUAACAUGCGUUUUCAGGCAUCACUGGCCCUUAAAGAGAGAAUUAUAUGCUUUCUUUAGGAUCCGUUUAAUCUGUGCUGGAUUGAGAAUGGGGCUCAGUUUCCUGAGAUGCUCAGUUGGAGGAAUUAGUUCUCUUCCGUAGCAGCUCUGUUACUCUAGGCGUUGGCACAUCCUGCUAUAUAAGAAAGAAUAACCUCUUCCUAAUAUUUUAAUGUAUUUCAUCUGAAUCAUAGUUGUUAAGAGUCUCCCAGUUCGUUAAAUGUUUACCAUAUCUUUUCUCAACUCAUGUGACAAAACGGCUUCCUUCAUUGCACUGUUGAUCUAAUCCUGUGAUGGAUGCCUUUUAUCUGAAGACAAAACCAGUUUGUUCACGUUUGAGUCCCUGUGUUUUCAUUAAAGAACAUGGACAAUAGCUUGAGGAAAACCCCUUCUUUAAUUUGUGUCAGGUGACCUCAAAGGCAGGAAGGUGACCAUGCUGUACCCGGAGUCUUUCUGUGUCUCUGCCCACACAUCCAGAACGUCACCUUGUCGUCAGCAUCCAUGGCUCUCACAUUCACUUGCUCACUCUCAUCAUUCCCAUUAGGGAUCCCGUGUUUAUUUUUCCCUCUAAAGAAGCGCUUGUUUGAAAGCUUGCUUACUCUGCUACCUGUGUAUGGGAUGAUGGUUGCGAUCAGGCCUCAUAAUGUGCUGUUUCUCCUCUGAGACAUUCUGCUGUUCCUUCCUUUCACAGCUGGGCUCCUUCAGAGAAUAGCCUGUCUUCUCUCUGUUUCUCUCAAGCUUGUCUUCAGCAAAUAUCCGAGUGUCUUCGUUGUGCCAACCACCUUUUCCCAUUCUCUCCUUAACUCGGUGAAGUUAGGUGUUUUUUUUAAAACCCAUAUCUUCUGUCAUAAAUGACCUCUUAAUUGUUAGAUCCAUUAAGAUCUAACAUUGGCUAUUCUAGUGAUUUUUCUUCUCUGGAUUUGGGCAAUGUUGACCACUUCAGAAAUCUUCUUUCCCUGUUUCCUCCUGACUUCACUUUUCUGGUUAACUUUACAUGUUUCUUAUUUCUUAGCUUCUUCCAUAAUUUUCUCUUCCUCUACCCAUUUGAAUCCUGGUCCUCACGAUCCCAUCACUAGUUACCUUCUUAGUCAUAUAGUUUUAGUGGGAAAUCUCAUCAAACCAGUAUCUUUAUCCAGACUCCUCUGUCCUGAAGAACAUAGCAUGUCAAGCAUCCAGUAUACAAGAGACACCUCAAACCCAGUAUCAUCUUACUCUUCUCAAAUUCUUGAUAUAUUCAAUAAUGAAAAAUUCCACCAUCACUCCAAUAGAAACCUCAGACUCACCCCAAUUUGCACAUAAAAGACACACUUUUAGUUGGGAAGGUGAAAUACCUUGCCCAAUACCUUAACCAAAUGGUUAAGGCAGACAGUGUUUUAGGUUAAGGCCUGAUUUGGGACUUGAAGGAUAAAGGUGAAGAAGCUAGGUAGAAACAAAUGAAGAACUGUCUUUGUUCAUGAAUACUGAAGGUUGUAAGGGUGUUAGAUCUCCUCCUAAAUUAUCUAUAGACUCAAUGCCAUUUCAAGCAGAAAUUCCAACAGAGGUUUUGUUGAAUAUGAUGAGCAGAUAUUUAAAUGUCUGUGAAUUAGCAAAGGACUAAGAGAGCUGGAUGCUUCUAACUGUGAAGAGAUUGAGGAGACUUACAAGAUAGUAAGUUUUAUUGUAGAGUCUGUGUUGUAUGUGGUACAGAGGUAGGCAUUCUGAGCAGUGCAGUGAAAUGAGGACCCUGGAAAGUAGCCCAUGCAUAUAUACUGACCUUUGAGAUAUGAUGAGAUGACAGAUCAGUGGGGGAGGAAGGGUGACUCCAUAACUAGUUGUAGAAAAACUGUUAUCCUUACAGAAGAAAUGAAGUUCGGUUUAUGCCUCACACCUCACCUAGCAGUCAGUCCCAAAUACGUUAAGGUCUGAAUUACAAAAAGCAAAUAUUUAAAUGUUUGCAUGAAAGAAAAAUCUUUGGGCAGGAACAAAUCUCUUGAGACAUGUGCUAAUCAUUAAAGAUGAUUAAGUCAAAUAUAUUCAAACUAGCACUUAGGUUAAGCUAAUAAACAAUUUAGUGUAGUAAAAAGACAAACCAAGACUUGAUAUUUACAAUACUGUUAACUGAGAAGGAAGUAGUAAGAAGAAUAUAGAGAGAAUUCCUAUUUUUUAAACAAUAGGAAAACAGACUUCCUCUUCCCAGGAUGUAUCUAGAGGCAUUCAGGAUGGUCCAGCAUUUGAUAUACCACUGUAGGCUUUCCUACAAUACAGCCUCUUAGUAAGACUAGGCUGUCCUUAACCCCUGGUAAUAGAAUUGUUUACCUUUAUACCAAGAAGGUUGGGAUAGCACUAAAAUCCACAUGUGGUGUGUGCCCAGGCCAGCUUCAAGGCGUUUGUGCUGUGAGACCUAAGGUUCUUUAUGAGAUUGUCUGAAGCAAGAAGACAUGUCAGCCAGGCCUGGUUUUCUGGGCGGUGUAUAUGUCUGUGACAGGAUCAAGUGCACUUUCCUUAUUGAGGAGCAGAAAAUCAUUGUGAAAGUGUUAAGAGCAGAAGCACAGAGUCAGAAAGCUAAAUUUAAGAAAUGAAGCUUUUUUGAGUAAUUUUUAAAAACCAAAAAGAAGAAAAAUGGAAAAGACUUGAAGAGGCAUUUCACAGAAGAGAAAAUACAUGGGGCUUAUAAAUCAAUAGAAACCUUGGAGAUACGAAUUACGAUCACAAUUAGCUUGUAAGUUACAUUCAUAAGAUUUAUAAAGUUAAGGAGUCUAACAGGACCAGGUGCUAAAGAAGAUCCGUGUGAGCUCAUUUCAUGAUGUGUAAAUAGGCGCCCCUGCUUUAGAAAACAACCAUACCUCACCAAGUUGAACAUUUGCACACUUUGGGCUCUAGCUUGUGACUCCACCUUCCAGCUGUGUAUCCAGUAAAUGCGUGCAUUUGUGUACCAGGAGGUAUGUACAAAAAUGUUUAUAGUAACAUCUUCAUGAUAGUUAUAACUGGAAAAACUGAAAUGCCUUUCUGUCUACAGGACAGCGUUUAAGUAAGUUAGGUGUAUUAACAGUAAGGAAUAUUAUUCAGUAGUAAAAAAAAAAAAAAAUAAGUGAACCACAGCUAUACCUGACAAGAAGAAUGAAUCUCUGAAAAUAUUAAGGAAAAAAAAAAAGCAAGUCCCAGGAUAUGAUUGACACUAUUUUUAUUGAGCUCAAAAGCAAGCAAAACCAAAGAGCAUCUUCUCAAUG